GACUCGACGCCGCACCCACUCACACUCCGACACACAGGCAGGCAGCACACCCGGCAGGCCGGAACCCCGUCGCCGGCCAGCCACCGUCGCGCACGACCGUCGGCUUAGCUCCCCCGUGCCGGGCCCGGCCACAUGCGGCGGCCGCAUCCCAGAUGUUGACCGCGACCCAGCCACUCCGCGGCGCCCUGCUCCUGCUCCUCGUCGCCGGCGUCGCGGGCGGGGCGCCGUCGCUGGAGUUCCACCACCGGUUCUCCGCGCGCGUGCGGCGGUGGGCGGACGCCCGCGGCCACGAGCUCCCCGGGGGCUGGCCGGCGCCCGGCGGCGCCGCCUACGUCGCCGCGCUCGCCGGCCACGACCGCCACCGCGCGCUGUCCGCCUCCGCCGCCGGAGGGGGCCGCCCGCCGCUCACCUUCUCCGAGGGCAACGCCACGCUGAAGGUCAGCAACCUCGGAUUCCUGCACUAUGCGCUGGUGACGGUGGGCACGCCGGGGCACACGUUCAUGGUGGCGCUGGACACCGGCAGCGACCUCUUCUGGCUCCCCUGCCAGUGCGACGGCUGCACGCCGCCGCCCUCUUCGGCCGCGUCCGCACCGGCUUCGUUUUACAUCCCUUCGUUGUCAUCAACAAGCCAAUCAGUUCCUUGCAAUAGUGACUUUUGUGGUCUUAGAAAAGAAUGCUCUACAACGUCUAGUUGUCCAUACAAGAUGGUGUAUGUCUCUGCAGACACAUCAUCUUCUGGAUUUCUUGUUGAGGAUGUGCUUUACCUAUCAACAGAGGAUACUCACCCUCAAUUUCUCAAGGCACAAAUAAUGUUUGGUUGCGGAGAGGUUCAGACGGGCUCAUUUCUGGAUGCUGCUGCUCCAAACGGUCUUUUUGGACUUGGGGUAGACAUGAUAUCAGUUCCUAGCAUUCUAGCUCAGAAAGGUCUGACAUCAAAUUCCUUCUCAAUGUGUUUUGGCCGUGAUGGUAUUGGGAGGAUCAGUUUUGGAGACCAAGGCAGCUCGGACCAAGAAGAGACACCACUUGACAUCAAUCAGAAACACCCCACAUAUGCUAUCACCAUCACUGGGAUUGUUGUCGGAAAUAACCUAAUGGAUUUGGAAGUUAGUACUAUUUUCGACACAGGGACGUCCUUCACAUACUUGGCAGACCCAGCAUAUACAUAUAUAACAGAUGGUUUCCAUAAUCAAGUUCAAGCAAAUCGCCAUGCCGCCGACUCAAGAAUUCCCUUCGAAUAUUGCUACGAUCUGAGCUCUAGCGAGGCAAGGAUUCAAACUCCUAGUAUAAGUCUUAGAACAGCAGGUGGAAGCCUGUUCCCUGCUAUUGAUCCAGGGCAGGUUAUCUCCAUUCAGCAACAUGAGUAUGUUUAUUGCUUGGCGAUUGUCAAGAGCACGAAACUAAAUAUAAUUGGACAAAACUUCAUGACCGGUGUCCGCGUUGUAUUCGACCGAGAGAGGAAGAUACUUGGCUGGAAGAAAUUCAACUGUUAUGACACUGAUAGCUCAAACCCUCUCUCCAUCAACUCACGGAAUUCUUCGCGUUCGACACCCGAGAACUACUCUCCCCAGGAGACGAAGAACCCAGCCGGUGCUUCCCAGUUGAGGCACGUCAGCAGUUCCCCUCCUGUGGUGUGGUGGCACAAUAAUAGCUUACUUUUGAUGAUGUUUGUGCUCCUCCAUUUGCUGAUCUUCUAAUUGGUGUUGGAGCGGCAUGGUUGUAAAUUAGUAUAUAUAGAUACACUAGAGACUGACUAGGUUAGCAUAGACAACGAGCACCACUUACAUGUCCUGUAAAUCGUCUAUUCUGUCUAGAUCAUCAAGAAAAUGUAACUGUAAUGCCGAUUUUUCAUGGCCCAGUCUGCGUUCAUUUUCUUUUGCCUUUUCGUCAGAACCAUCCCAGGUUCAGACUUCAGAGUGGAAUAAACAAGGACAUGAUUUACAUCUGUA